UACUUCAACCAUGAUUAUUUGAUGAAAGCAGAAGGUCUCGGUUUCUGUGUCUGUUGUUCCGCACCUGAGCUGAAGUGCUGAAUAAUUCAGCAGCCGGUGAAGAAUGAACGACUCUCUACACCAGACUGUCAGCAUCCGUGGCAGGGGGUUCAAACUUCUCAAGCCAGGCGCAUAACAUCAAAAACAUGGAGGAGAGCUCGAAGAUGACAGGGCCGAGGAAGGUGAGGUUCAAGCUGGCCUCGUCGUACAGCGGCCGAGUUCUGAAGCACGUCUAUGAGGACGGCCAAGAGCUGGAUAGUCCUGAGGAGAAGUAUCCUCACAGCUUCAUCCACACAAAGAUCCCUCAACACCUGGACGUGGAGCAGCUGUGCAGCUUCAAGGACGUUCAGGGUCACGAUGGAGAUCCUCCUACAGGUCUUAUAGCCCAGCGCAUUAACGUGUACCGUGCAGUGAGCGGCUUCAGACCUUUAACAUCUAGUGACCAAGAAGAUGAAAAGGCGGCGGUUUUAGACUUCGAAAAGAUCAUCAUCUAUACCAGCAACCUGAAGAUCAUCCGAUCUCCUAGUAAAAAGGUCGACGGUGGCGUAAGAUACCUUCACGGUCAAGGAGAAGGACGAGAGGGUUCUCCAGGCCGUGAAACCAGAUCUAAAGGGAGACACAGGACAAAAAGCACCCGUAAGGAGGAACGACAUCAUGCUCCUAAAGAAGAGGAGGCAGGUGGCUGUGAGCAGUGUGGAGGUUCGGGUUCAGCCCCGUGUUCUCAGUGUCAUGGCAGUAAACUGUCCAUGUUGGCAAACCGCUUUAACGAGUCGAUCCGUGAGUUACGCUGCCCGGCCUGCGAUCCGCACGGAUUAGAGCCGUGUCAGUCCUGUGUUCAGUCCUGUGUUCAGUCCUGUGUUCAGUAAAC